AUGAAGCUCACUUUGUUCAACUUGCUCGCGCUGGGUUGCUGGCUGACCUUUGCAGUGCAUGCCCUUGCUGCUGGACGCCAGCCAGGCAUUUAUUCCCCCUGGGAGUCACCACAGCAUCCGCCUUCGUCGUGGGAUCACACCAAGAAUGACGACCGCCAUGUCAUAGCCGAUCAUACUGGCGCCAAAGAUAAGGGAAAGGGAAUAGCAUCAGGCUCUCGUCGUCGGGACGCAGGUGCACGUAGUCCCCCUCCGUCUCAUGAGGCCCUCUUUCCAACGAAUCGCUUCUUCAUGAAUGAAUUCGGCGCAGGGCCUGAUGCCCCAGAUGUGAAUACGCUGGCCCAGUGGAACUUUGAAGACGACUGUUCCUACGACCCUAAUUAUCCAAUCCGCGGUCGGGAUUCGACAUUGGGCGAGUGGAGCGGCUUUUCUUUGUACGAUCAAUCGCGUGUGCCGAAUGCCUGGCCGGGUAACCACGACGAUCCACGCUCGCAACAUCUGCCAAGUUCAGAUUAUCAGGAUGCUCAGUAUACGACAUCCUAUCAGGCCUCGGGCGUUCCACGUACUGAGUCGAAGUCGCACCAGUACUCGCCAGACCAUUCACCCUCAUUAGUGUCAAAGGGCAUACUUCUUAAAGCUCCUCCUUCAUGGUACAUUUCGGUUGUCGACAAUCCGUUUGGAGCCAUCGAGGAGCGUAGCAUGUUCAAGGAAAGUGCCUUGAGCAGCUUUGUUUCUGAAUGGGCCAUUCAAAAAAGGAAUCAGCUCGCCUUGGACAGAGAAAGCGAUCAGCUCGACUUUAUGAGGCUAGAUAGGUCGACAGGAAAGUGGGUAAUGAAGGAAAAUUACGCAGCUUCUGAUGCGAGCGAGAUCACCAGGCCUACCGCAGAGUGGUUCUCAGUGUACGCCAAUCCGAACCCUGUCGAGGCCUUCAAGAAGCGAAGGAUGAACUGUGCAAAUGACAUGAGGAAAAAAAGAAAGAAGGCGGCGGAAAAGCGUCGGCAGGGUCACUGA